AUGUCCCUCAUACGGUUCACCGAUGGAGACUUUGGCAAUAUUCGGGUAUUGGAGCUCUUCCACUGGUCCAUAAUUACGGAUCCAGUGCUUGGCAAAGCCGAAGGCUCAUUUAGCGACAUACUUCUGAAUCUGCCUGCGUUGAGGGAGGUGCGCUUCUUGGUCUCCGGCUCGGCCAGAUGUCUGGCUUCUGCCACUUGUCAGAAAUGUAUUCAGAGACUCGUGCUCAGCAAAUUCUCCCGACCGCAGCUUGACAGCAUGCGCGAUUUCGUGGCGCAGAUAUCGCUCCGGGACAUCAAAGCCGUGGCACAAGCUCAGGGCAGAGACCUCAACAUAGAGAUCAGGCGUCCCGUGUUUCAAGUCUACUAUAUCGAGGGAAAUGCCGGAGUAGACAAGCAUGUCGACUGGAACAAGUACUAUCCUGCCGAUGCAGAAUUGCCUCGUUACCUGAAUGAAUGCUUGACGCUCCGUGCAACAACCAACUCCAUAUCAAAUGCGGCCGUCCGGAUCGAUCUCGAAGCUUCUACCUAUCUUGAACUCGUACUAGGAUCAUCUCCACCUGGCGAGGUCUUCUGCAACUGUACGGCAUGCGGAUCAUAA